AUGGUUGCGCUCACCCAGAAUCCGCAGUUCCAGAAGCUGCAGAAAUGGUACCGCGAGCACGGCUCUGACCUCAACUUGCGCCGCCUUUUCGAAGGGGACAAGGAACGCUUCAGCCACUUCAGCUUGAACCUGAACACCAGCCAUGGGCAUAUUCUGGUGGAUUACUCAAAGACUCUUGUGACCGACACUGUGAUACAGAUGCUGGUGGACCUGGCCAAGUCCAGGGGCAUGGAGGCUGCCCGGGAUCGCAUGUUCAGCGGCGAGAAGAUCAACUUCACAGAGAAACGGACAGUGCUGCAUGUGGCCUUGCAAAACGGGUCAAACACACCCAUUCUGGUGGAUGGCAAGGAUGUGAUGCCAGAGGUCAACAGGGUCCUGGAGAAGAUGAAGUCUUCUGUCAGGGGACCCCUCAUGGUGACCAAAGCCCUUAAGCCGUACUCUUCGGGAGGUCCCCGGGUUUGGUUUGUCUCCAACAUCGACGGGACCCACAUCGCCAAAACUCUGGCCACCCUGAAUCCUGAGUUGUCCCUGUUCUUCAUUGCCUCCAAGACCUUUACCACCCAGGAGACCGUUACGAAUGCAGAGACGGCGAAGGAGUGGUUUCUCCUGUCGGCCAAGGACCCUUCUGCAGUUGCGAAGCACUUUGUUGCCCUGUCUACCAACACGUCCAAAGUGAAGGAGUUUGGGAUUGACCCUCAAAACAUGUUCGAGUUCUGGGAUUGGGUAGGAGGAUGCUACUCGCUGUGGUCAGCCAUUGGACUCUCCAUCGCACUGCAUGUGGGAUUUGACAACUUCGAGCAGCUGCUCUCAGGGGCUCACUGGAUGGACCAACACUUCCGAACGACACCCCUGGAGAAGAACGCCCCUGUCAUCCUGGCCAUGCUGGGCAUCUGGUACAUCAACUGCUUUGGGUGCGAGACGCAGGCCAUGCUGCCCUCUGACCAGUAUCUGCACCGCUUUGCGGCCUAUUUCCAGGAGGGCAACAUGGAGUCCAACAGGAAGUACAUCACCAAGUCUGGCACUCGCGUGGACCACCGAACGGGCCCCCUUUUGUGGGAGGAGCCAGGGACCAAUGGCCAGCAUGCCUUCUACCAGUUCAUCCACCAAGGCACCAAGAUGAUACCUUGUGACUUCCUCAUCCCAGUCCAGACCCAGCACCCGAUAAGGAAGGGUUUGCACCACAAGAUCCUCUUGGCCAACUUUUUGGCCCAGACAGAGGCCCUGAUGAAGGGGAAGUUGACAGAGGAGGCCCGGAAGGAGCUGCAGGCCGCAGCAAAGAGUCCCGAGGCCUUGGAGAAGCUGUUGCCACACAAGGUCUUUGAAGGAAAUCGCCCAGCCAACUCCAUUGUGUUCAUCAAGCUCAUGCCAUUCAUUCUGGGAGCUUUGAUUGCCAUGUAUGAGCACAAGAUCUUUGUUCAGGGUAUCAUCUGGGACAUCAACAGCUUUGACCAGUGGGGGGUGGAGCUAGGAAAGCAGCUGGCCAAGAAAAUCGAGCCCAAGCUUGACGGCAGUAGCCCAGUGACCUCUCAUGACUUUUCUACCAAUGGGCUAAUCAAUUUCAUCAAGCAGGAGUGUGAGGCCAGAAGCCAAUAAACUCAUGCCUGGCUGCAAAAAAAA